CUUUGACAGCUGAAACCGGGGCGAGCGGCGCGGCGCCAGCGGCGGAGCCUGGGCGAGCCACAGCUGAGGGAAGGCGCGAGGCUUGGGAGACCAAACGGCAGCGGAGAGAUCCAGGCGGCGGCGGCGGCGGCGGCUUCGGUUUCGCCUCUUUCUUGCUGCGGACCAUGUUCGCCAAAGGCAAAGGCUCGGCGGUGCCCUCGGAUGGGCAGGCUCGGGAAAAGUUAGCUUUGUAUGUGUAUGAAUACUUGCUGCAUGUAGGAGCACAGAAAUCAGCACAGACCUUUUUAUCAGAGAUCCGAUGGGAAAAAAACAUCACACUAGGAGAACCUCCUGGGUUUUUACAUUCGUGGUGGUGUGUAUUUUGGGACCUUUACUGUGCAGCUCCAGAAAGGCGAGAUACUUGUGAACACUCGAGUGAAGCAAAAGCCUUUCAUGAUUAUAGUGCAGCUGCAGCACCAAGUCCAGUACUUGGAAACAUUCCUCCAAAUGAUGGAAUGCCAGGGGGACCCAUUCCUCCAGGUUUCUUUCAGGGACCGCCUGGCUCUCAGCCCUCGCCACACGCACAGCCUCCACCUCACAACCCCAACAGCAUGAUGGGACCCCACAGUCAGCCUUUUAUGUCACCAAGAUACGCAGGAGGUCCCCGGCCCCCAAUCAGAAUGGGAAACCAGCCUCCAGGGGGUGUUCCUGGUACACAGCCCUUGCUGCCCAACUCAAUGGACCCCACACGACAACAAGGGCAUCCCAACAUGGGAGGGCCGAUGCAAAGGAUGAAUCCUCCACGAGGAAUGGGGCCCAUGGGUCCAGGUCCACAGACUGAUCCUUGGUUAUCAUUGCAGAACUAUGGCGGCGGAAUGAGACCUCCACCCAACUCUCUAGGGCCCGGCAUGCCUGGGAUUAACAUGGGUCCAGGAGCUGGUAGACCAUGGCCCAAUCCCAACAGCGCUAAUUCAAUUCCAUACUCCUCUUCAUCGCCUGGUACAUACGUGGGGCCCCCUGGUGGCGGAGGUCCUCCUGGAACACCUAUCAUGCCUAGCCCCGCAGAUUCGACAAAUUCAAGUGACAACAUCUACACAAUGAUUAAUCCCGUACCGCCUGGAGGCAGUCGGUCGAAUUUCCCCAUGGGACCUGGCUCAGAUGGCCCAAUGGGAGGCAUGGGUGGGAUGGAGCCGCAUCACAUGAAUGGCUCAUUAGGGUCAGGAGACAUAGAUGGACUUCCAAAAAAUUCUCCAAACAACAUAAGUGGCAUUAGCAAUCCUCCCGGCACUCCACGAGAUGAUGGUGAACUGGGAGGCAACUUCCUCCAUUCCUUCCAAAAUGACAAUUAUUCUCCCAGCAUGACGAUGAGUGUGUGAUUUCCCUCCUCCCUCACCCCGCAUCCUCUUCUCCAGGAUAAAGAAAAAGUCGGCUGCCAUUUGGAGGAUCUCAAGAAAUUAUGCAAGAAGAGAAUCUAGGUGUGUUUGGCAGGGAGACAUGCAGAGAGCCAGGGGGAGACCCACCCCUGAUUUUUAGUUUCAUGCAAUAAAAAGGCUGAACUUUUUAUUCCAUAAAACAAUGAAGGACAAAUCUUUAAAAUAUUUCAAGACAUGACAAGAUCCUUCUGCAGAAGAAGGGUUUAUUCUAUGUACAUGACACUUUUUUGUUGAUUUUUUUUUUGAAACAAAACAAAAGCCUCUAGCACCCGAUUUCCAACCUCCUUUGCUUGAUUAUUCUUUUAAACCUGUUGUAUGUUUGUGCUGUGCUACGCAAGGAAGCUAGUCUAGAUAUGAAAUCUCAUGUUGUCUCUGUAGCCAUUUUAAAAUAAUUAAUAAAACUGGAGAGUUUGGUUUUUUUAUAUAUA